AACUCAUUGUCCGUGGAGACUCCAGCAGAAACCCUUCAGCCUGAUAAGAACUGGCUCAGAUGCAGGCAGCGAGUGCGGAUCCAAGGGAGCCGGCGCCCGGUCUGGAAACCAGUGGCAUUCCUGCAGGCCUCAGGAGAAACCCCCCCAACACCCAGGCCCUUGGGAAGUUUGCCCAAAAUAUGGCAGAGAGCAUAAUCCAGCCGUGCGGAAGCCAAGUGGAGAUGGAGGAACCUGAGGUGCCCAGAGCUAAUCAGGACCAGGAGGAGACGUUGGGUGAGGUGUUGGCGUCGGCCGUGGUGGAGGUCGCUCUGAGGGAAGUGGGCGGCGGUUGGAACCUGGAGCGUUUCCACAGAAAGACGGAUGAUCACCAGGCUGGAAAACUGUCCUUCUCCGAUAGAGACUUUCUGAACAUGGACCCAGAGAUGGAUCCGGUUCAUCAACUCCAGACGUUCAGAGACAUCCCACCUCUCUCCCAGUCGGGUCUCCCCAUCGUGGGAUCCCUCGACUACCCCGACGCCCCCCCGCCCACCCCCUUGCUCCCCGAGCUGGAGAGGAGCCGCGACAGCUUCGCCCGGAAGCUGAAAGGCGGCCUGGCCAAGGUGUUCCUGCCCUCGCCUCCUCCGUCCACCCCCAGGGAGAAGGGGGACGAGGUGGACCCCCGGGUGGAGCUCAUGGAGCAUCUGAUGCACUCGCUGUCUACAGAGGAUUUGGCGAGAGACUGUUUUGAGGGGGGAGGCAAGAUGGAGGCUUUCGCUGAGGCUCUUUCCUGUAAGGUCAUGGACUGGGUCAGGGCCAGAAGCUCAGAGCAGAGAGCAGGUGAUGGAGAUCUUCACCGACUGGCCCAGAGCCUGGCCGACACCAUCAUCGCCUCCUCGCUGGAGGAAGCUGUCAUGUCUGUGUAG